AUGUUGAAUUUGGGUGUUUGGAGCCUGACAGGAAUCGUUGUCGGGGUAUUGGUAGUAGCUCUAUUGGUUCUGAUGAUAAUUGGAUGUGUCUUAUCCAAGCGAGAAAUUCCAGGGAUACCACCAGGACCAUCAUUUCUUCCGUUGGUAGGAAAUGUUAUUGAUAUGAGUUGGAAAUAUCGUACAAGAAAGUAUAAAUAUUUUGAAAAAAUGGAGAAAAAAUAUGGAUCUGUGUACCGAUUAUAUUUUGGUCGUCAGCUUCUGAUUUUUCUCAACGACAUGGACUCCGUGAAAGAAGCAUUUGUUAUAAAGAGAUAUCUUUACAGACAGACCCACGGAGAAGUUCUGGGUGGCUCGCCAGCAUUCUUGAUUGAAGCUUCUCAUGGUGAAGGUCCGUUAACGCCGAUUAAUAUGUUACCCCAGUUGCUUUACCUUCCAGGAGCUCGUGGAAAAUUCAAAAAGCUUAUAGCUGGUGCUGAACUCACAAAGACUUAUAUUUCAAAGAGGAUUGUUGAGCACAAGAAGACAUGGAACAAGGAUAAGCCAAGAGAUUUGAUUGAUUGUGGACUGGCUGCUAUUGCUGAUGCUGAUUCACAGGAGUUCAACAACCGCAUAUUGAUGUACAUCUUUUUUGAUAUGUUCAUAGCCGGUUCGGAUACUAUAGCAAAUUCUAUGGACUGGGCUUUUCUUCACAUGAUCGUCAAUACUGACACACAAAUCAAAUGUCAAAAAGAAAUUGACGAAGUUGUUGGUUCUGAAAGAAGAGUCGUGUGGGCGGAUAAACCUAACAUGCCCUACUGUACUGCUACUCUAAUGGAAUGUCUUCGAUACUCAAAUGUUGCUAUGACUUCGCUACCUCAUACAGCUACAAAGGAUACGAUGAUCAAAGGGUUUGUGAUACCUAAAGGGAGUAUAAUACUCGCUGGUAUUAAUUCUAUUCAUCACGAUGAGAACCUGUGGGAAAAGCCUGAACAAUUCAAACCAGAGAGAUUCAUCGAUGGAGAUGGGAAGAUCAUCCACAACGAAAAGGAUCAGAGAUUGAUUUAG